CCUCCCCCUCCCCUCCCCUCCCACCUCGCUGCCACGCACCCCCAACCUCUCCAUGGGCUUCUUUGACUUCCUCCCCUGCUGCGGGCGCCGCAAAGACGAUGCCCCCUCGGAAACGGACCCCCUCGUCGCCCCGUUCCGCGAAGGCAGCAUCACGAGCCAGGACGCAUACGGCGCCGUGUCGAUGAGCGCGAGCACGACAAUGGACGGCUCCCACGCGCCCACGGGCACGCUGAGCGCGAGCGCAAAGGAGCGGAUCGACAAGAUCGGGCGCGAGGUCGGCGGCAACAUGCUCUCGAUCAACACGUCGUCGCGCAGCCACUUGCGCAUGCGCCCGCCGUCGCCGACGGACUCGGCGUCGUCGUCGCGCCCCCCCACGCCCUCGCCCGCACGAGACGCAGGCGAGGGCAGCGUGCUCUCGCCCGCGGAAGACGAGAGCUCGGAGGCCGGCGACGUCGUCCACAAGACGCUGUUUGCUGGCGGCGCGCCGCGCGGCAAGAAGCCCAAGAAGGCCAAGGGCAAGAGCAGCCGCGCAAAGAGCAAGAAGCAGAAGUAGGAUACGGACCGUCGGCGCGCACAGCCCAGUUGUAUUUUGUAGUCCCACCAUUUGCAUAUGCAGGUGUCAUCAUUGUG